AUGAUUGUCUGUGCAUCACAGAAGUUCACUGACUUGGUGGAAACAGGAAUGCGUAUCGAGGAGUGGGCUCGUAAGGGAGCAGCUGUUUCGGGAAGUUCUUCAGGUGGUUCUUCAGGGGUUUCGUCCAAUGGUAAUAAGAAAUUUGGGAAUGGUUACCCAAAGAGGAAUGCUCAAGAGGUUGGCAUGGUGGCUCAUGGAGGACCUCAGCCCGUGUACCCAAAUCACCCCUUUGUUGCCAACAUCACCCCACAAAUGACCGCACCCCAGAACCCAAACUAUCAAUCACCCAGACCUCAAGGACCUGCACCAUACUACCCCCCAUUAUACCAACCACUAUACAACCUACAACAAUUCCCUCAACAACCAUAUUACCCCCAACAACCAUACCAACAAAGACCACAACAACAACCCCGUCCUCAGGCUCCUCACAAUCAGCAGUAUCAAAGGCAACAAUUCGACCCCUUGCCAAUGACCUAUGGAGCAUUGCUCCCUUCUUUACUUGCACAGAAUCUAGUCCAAACAAUACCACCUCCUCGCAUUCCAGACCCUCUCCCACGCUGGUACCGUCCGGACCUUCAUUGUAUUUACCAUCAAGGGGCACCAGGCCACGAUGUGGAGCGUUGUUUUGCUCUUAAGAAAGAGGUUCAGAAACUGAUAAAUAGUAAAGAGUUAACCUUCACCGACCCUGAUGCUGUGGCUCAGAACAAUCCUCUGCCUACUCAUGGGCCUGCUGUUAAUAUGAUUCAAGACGAUCAGGAAGAGGCUCGCAUUCUCUCUGUAGGUGAUAUCAAGACUCCUCUGGUACCGAUACAUGUGAAAAUGUGUAGAGCAACUCUCUUCAACCACAAUCAUGAAGCUUGUGACAUAUGUUCGAUGGAUCCUCGUGGAUGUGUACAAGUCCAGAAUGAUGUGCAGGGUCUCCUAAAUAGAAGGGAACUUGUGGUUACAAGGGAACCCGAGAGCAAGGACGUCUGUGUUGUCACUCCGGUAUUCAGAGCCAGGAGGCCGCUGGUGAUAAACCCUAACAGUACAAAGCCCGUUGGUACUCCCUUGGUAAUCUGUGUGCCUAGGCCCACGCCUACUACUGCUCAGAAAGCUGUACCCUACAAGUAUGAAGGCACGAUUCUAGAGCCCGGAAGUGAGACAACUUCACCUGUUGCUGUGGAUAAUAUCGCAGAGAAUAGCCGGAUUUUGAGGAGUGGCCGCAUCCUUCCUACGGUGGGUCUGAAGAGUGUUAGUGUUCCGUUCGAUGAGCCAGUAAAAGAACGAAACGCCGGUAAAGGUAAAGCUGGGGAGCAGGCCAAAGAGUUUGACUUUGAGGAUGCCGAUGAAGUCUUGAAGCUGAUCAAGAAGAGUGAAUACAGGGUGGUGGACCAGCUGUUACAAACUCCUGCGAAGAUUUCCAUCAUGGCCCUGUUGUCAAGUUCUGGUGCUCAUCGGGAUGCCCUGAGGAAAGUACUAGACCAGGCAUUUGUGGAUUAUGAUGUAACUCUGGGUCAAUUCGAAAGCAUCGUGGGGAAUGUGACCGCGUGUAACAGUCUGACUUUCAGUGAUGAAGAUCUCCCGGCGAGGGGAAUAAGCAUAAUCAAGCAUUACUCAUCUCUGUACUUUGCAGAACGGACUCGUUAUCCAACGUCCUGA